AUGUCCACCGUCAUAGCAAAGAGCCUUCAAUUCAAAUUUUAUUCGGACGAGGAUAUUGAAAAAUUGUCAGUUCUCGAAGUUGAUAAUGCUAUUACACACGAUGAAUUCCAAAUACCUGUGCGGGGAAGUUUAUAUGAUCCAAAGAUGGGUCUUAGGGACAAUGAUGGACCAAUGGCAAGAUGCGAAACUUGUGGAUUGGUGAAUACAUUCUGUCCUGGACACUUUGGUCAUAUAAGUAUUCCACAACCUGUUUUUAAUGUAUUGUUAAAAACCGACGUAACACAAGUUAUGAAUUUAUGUUGUCCUUUUUGCGAAAAGUUGCAUAUACCAAAGGAAGAAAAGACAAUAUUAUAUUUGGUUUUGAGACUCUUAGAUUGUGGAUUACCUUCCGAAGCCAUGGAGUUAAACGAUAAACCUCUCAUGUUUUUGAGAAAGUACGGAAAUGAACAAGAGGAAGAACCUAUGAGCGAAGAGGAAGCAGAAGAAGGUAAAAAGAAAAAGAAGAAAAAGAAGAAAAAACUUGAUUUGGAAACUGAACACUACAGAUUUGAAGAUGAUUAUCAAAAGCUUGUCUCAACUACUUUAGGUCUUAUCCAACAACAAAUUUUAAAAUACGACGUGUCGAAUGAAUUGGAGCUCCAUUCAAAAUUCUUAAAUGACGAAAUUGUCUUUGAUUUAAAACAUCAAAUCAAGGAAAAGAUUAUGAAGACACAUGCCCAUCCACCUCUUUCCAAGAUUAAGACUACAGGUUGUAGAAAUUGUAAAGCUGUAAGAGUUCCAUUUGCUAUUCUCAACAAGGAUUGUGUUGCUUUGCACGAGACUACUGUUGUUAAUUUUGAAUUUUUGAAAGCUCUUAAGGAAUGGCAUGGUAAAUGUAUCCACAAGGAUUAUGCUGACAAGAGUUUAUUCGAUGAUGUGGACCAAGUUGAUACCGUUCUUAAAAAGAGAAUUGAAAAGCCAUUCUGUUUAGCUAAUAAUUUCCACUUGAUGACAACUAAAAUUUUGAAGGAAACUACUUCACUUUUCUAUAAUUACCUUCACACUGAUGAAGUAGUAGAUAUGCUUGACCGUGUUUAUUAUAAUGGUAUUGAAACAGCUCUCAAUGAAGUUUUAUUCAAGAUGGAUAUCAACAAUGAAGAAGAACAUUUAUUUGAUCUUAUUGCUGGAAGUAUCCAAGAUAAUAGAAUCAGAUAUAUGGAUUCUUAUAUUUUACACUCCUUUUUUGAUAACAGUCCUGCUCUCAUGUUUACUAAGAAGGUUUUGGUGAUGCCAGUUCGUUUCAGACCAAUUUCUCCUCUUCAUAUUGCUGCUAAGGAAGAAGGUAAAACUAUGGUUACCUACGUUAAAACUGAUAUUGAUAUUCACUACAUUAACGUUUUAAAGACAAAGAAACUUUACGAAGAUAUUCAAGCUAAAUUGGGAACAAGUACUAUCAGAUCUGAUAACACAGCUAUUGCUGUUUUGAGAGCUCUCCAAUGUUACAUUAACGAUAUGUUGGACAGUACAAGUAAUACUUCUUCUGGGUCAAAUAGAUUCUACUCAUCACUUCUUAAGAAGAAGAAAACAUCUACUACAACUUUGAAUCGUGGUAUGAAACAAUUGAUGGAUAAAAAGGCUGGUUUAGUCAGACAAUCUAUGAUGGGUAAGCGUGUCAACUACAGUGCUCGUACAGUUAUUUUGCCUGAUGUUGCUAUUGCUUGUAAUGAAGUCAGUUUCCCAGCAAUGUUUGCUAAGAAGAUGACAUUCAUGGAAACUGUCACUAACUUUAAUAUUAACAAGAUGAGAGAAUUAGUUAUCAAUGGUGCUAAACAAUAUCCUGGUGCUAAUCAAAUCGUUAAGAGUGGUAAAACUCAAUCUGAUGUUUCUUCCUCAACAGCUGUUGCUCCAUAUACUCGUCCUCCACUUUCAAUUCAACUUAAUGUUGUUAAAUCAAAGAAACAAAGAGUUGCUAUGGCUAAUCAAUUGCAAGUUGGUGAUGUUGUCUAUCGUCACCUCCAAGAUGGAGAUAUGUUGUUGAUGAACAGACAACCUUCAUUGCACAGACCUAGUAUUUUAGCUCACAGAGCUAGAGUUAUUGCUAACCAACGUGUUAUGCGUCUCCACUAUGCCAGUUGUAAAUCUUUCAAUGCUGACUUUGAUGGUGACGAAAUGAAUGCUCACUUUGUACAAAACCCAAUUGCUCAAAGCGAAGCUCGUCAAUUAAUGGAUGCUCAAUUGUCUUUCUGUACUCCUACCAGUGGUGAACCAUUGCGUGGCUUAAUUCAAGAUCACGUUUCAUCUGCUGUCUUGUUGACUAUGAAAGAUAACUUUUUAUCUCGUGAAGAUUAUCAAGAAAUUUUGCUCAGUGCUAACAUUUUUGAUGUCAAUGAAGUCAUUCGCUCUGAAAUUCCAUCCAUUUUGAAACCAACACCUUUGUGGACUGGUAAGCAAGUUAUUACAAGUCUUUUGAAGCAUGUUGCCAAGAAGAAUACUCCAGCUGGUGCUCCAGUUUUUGGUGUCAAUUUGGAUUGUAAGACUAAGGUUAAAGGUACUGUUUGGGGUGCUCACAACGAAGAAGGAAUGGUCAUUAUUAGAGAUAACGAACUCUUGACUGGUAUUUUUGAUAAGUCUCAAGUUGGUUCUUCAAAAUAUGGUAUUUUGCACGCUUUUGAUGAAUGUUAUGGUAACAACGCCAGUAAUAUGCUCAUUUCAUGUUUAUCAAGAAUGUUAACUUUCUACUUGCAUUACUUUGCCAUCAGUUGUGGUAUUGAUGACUGUCUCCUUUCCAAGUCUGCUGAAGCUAACCGUAUUGAAACUUUGAAAAACUCCAAUGAAGCAUGUCAUCAUGCUACUGCUUCCUACUGUGGUCUCCCAAAGAAGAAGGAUGCUUCACAAUAUGAUCACGACAAGGUUAAGGAAUUUUUGGCCAAACAUAUGCUUAACCCAACUGUUUCUAAACAAACAGGUGAAAUUAUCAAUGAAAAGAUUGUCCGUAAAUUGGAUUCAACUGUCAAGAAGAGUAUUAACAAGUUCACAACAAAGGCUAUCAAUGAUUCUAUUCCUAUGGGUCAAUACAAGGCUUUCCCAUACAAUAUGCUUUCACUCAUGACUGAAACUGGUGCCAAGGGUUCUAUGGUUAACUCUUCACAAAUUGCUGUCUGUUUAGGUCUUCAAGAAUUUGAAGGUAAACGUGUUAACGUUCAAGUUAAGAGUGGUAAGACCCUGCCAUCAUUCGAUUCUUUCGAUUCAAACAAUAUUGCUAACGGUUACGUUGCUAGUAGAUUCUUGACUGGUAUCAAGCCACAAGAAUUCUUCUUCCAUUGUAUGGCUGGUAGAGAUGGUCUGAUUGAUACUGCUGUCAAGACAGCUCGUAGUGGUUACUUGCAAAGAUGUUUGAUUAAGCACUUGGAAGACCUUUCCGUUCAAUAUGAUGGUACUGUCAGAAAUGGAAACAAGACAGUCGUCCAAUUCUCUUACGGUGGUGACCAUAUUGAUCCAAUCAAGACUGGUUAUAUGACUCAAUUCGAUUUCAUGAGAAUGAACCAAGAUUUACUUUCUCAAAGAUAUAAUGAAGAAUCAGCUAUUCAAUACACUAAGGAUGUUAAGGAAUGGCAAGAAAAGACUAAGAAUGCCACAUCUACUAUUUAUAAGAACGACUUUGUUCAAAUCGAAGAUCCAUGGAAUUAUUUGGGUGGUGUUUCUGAUGCUUACGAUAAGAAGCUCAAGAAGUACAUUGAGGCAACUAAGACCACUACUUUGUCUGAUACAAAGAAGAAAUUCGACCCAGAACGUAUCAAGACAUUGGCUCAUCUCAAAUAUCUCCGUAGUUUGGUUAACGCUAGUGAUCCAGUUGGUAUUAUUGCUGGUCAAUCUAUUGGUGAACCUUCAACACAGAUGACUUUGAACACUUUCCACUUUGCUGGUUUGGAUAUGGCUCACGUUACAGUUGGUAUUCCUAGAUUGGUUGAAUUGUUGAUGAGAGGUACUACUCGUGUCCUCACAAUGAAUGUUCCAGUUAAGAAGGAAUGCGCUCAAUACCAAGUCGAAAAGAUUUACCAAUAUGCUGAUAGUAUUUCAAAGUUGCCAUUCUUCAGAGUUUUGACUAACAUGGACAUUCAAGAACAAUUCAAGUUCUCCGUUGACGUUAAGCGUAAACAAAUUUCAGUUUCUCUCUUCUUUGAUAUGAAGGACAUUACUGAAUACUACCAAAUUUCUAAUGAUGUUUUUGACAAGAAGGUUCAAACUCUUCUCAUCUUGUUAACAGCAAGAAUUGUUUCUCCAAAGAAGCUCAUGUACUCUAGAAUGAAGGCAAUGUUAUCCAAACUUGCCAGUUUUGGUGGUACUGGUGCUGUUGCUGAUGGAGCUGCACCAGCUGAGGCAGAACCUGAAGAAAACAAGGAAGCCACACCAAUGGAUGCAUUCAUGGGUACUGAUACAGCUGAAAUGAUGAAAGAGGAUAGUGAUGAAUCCAAUGUAAAGAAACCUAAGAAGAAGAAAAAGAAGAGUGAUAGCGACGACGAAGAUGAAGAUAAUGACGAAGAUGAAGAAGAAAAGAGAUCUAAGAGAAAGAAGAAGAGGGAUGAAGAAGAAGAAACACAAAUUAAUAAUGAUGAAGGCCUUUCUGGAGAAGACCUUUUCAUUAAGACUUUCGGAUCUGCUUUGGGUGAAUAUGAUGAACAUUCUAUCAAUGCUAAGGAAGGUGUUGUCACUUUCACAUUUACUCAAAAAUCAGAUGCUGGUAAGGUUUACAUUGCUGAAGGUAUUCAAGAUGUUUUGAAGAAUUGCUUCUUACAAAGUGUUGACGGUAUUGAAAACGUUACAGUUGUUCCAACUAAUGAUGGAUACGAUCUUUCAAUUGAAGGUUUCAACUUUUAUGCUUUGCACGCUCUUCCAAUGUCCCAUGAAUUGCUCGACCUCAAUCGUUUGGUCACAAACAAUGUCAACAUUAUGAACGACCAUUAUGGUAUUGAAUCAGGAUACGGAUUGAUUGUUAAGGAUGUUUCUUACGUCUUUGACAUGUACGGUAUGGAAGUCAGUCCAGCUCACAUUCAAUUGAUUGCUGAUUACCUUACAUAUCGUGGUUACUAUUCCUCAUGUAACAGAUUUACCAUUAAGAACAGCCCUUCAACAUUCUACCGAUCUUCUUUCGAACAAGCUUGUCAAAAUCUCUUGAAGGCUGCUGUCAGAAGCGAAACUGAUACUAUGGUUUCUCCAACUGCUCGUGUUGCCUUGGGUACACCUGUUAGUGUUGGUACUGGCAGUUUUGAUUUGUUGCUUGUAAAUAAGUAAAUAAAACAUUAAAUCUUUAAAA